AUGGUGUUGGAACCAGUAGUAACCGAAAAGAUCCCUGGGUUCAAUGUUUCUGGUGUAGACCAGGACAAAAGGAAGAAUGAUCAACAGGAACAAGUAAAUAGAGCUGUGUUAUCUAAAUUUAUUCGCGUUCUAUUUUUCCCAAAUCCGGAGAAACUCCCAUUGAAGGAAAUAGUGAAUAAGUUCUUGAAGGAAGUCAUGAAUUACAACGUCGACAAGGAUGGCAGCGCAUUGUGUUGGUUUAAACAGAUAGGAAGUAAGGAUGAAACAAUCCAUUUCAAAGCAGAGAUGUCUUAUCAAUUUUGGCAGCACUUCCUAGACAAAGGACGUCGUGCAUUAUUGGAUUACAACAAGUCGAAAAAGACAAGUAUUAAAGUAGUGAGAGGACACACGAUAAAAGCGGGAGAUACCGAAAACCUCAGCCUCUAUUUGAGACUGAAAAUACGUGAUUUUUUGGAAAGGGAAGGUCUUCCCGUCCCUGAAAUAUCAGUCAAGAAUGCAUUCAUCACCAUUCGCGCCUAUAAUGGCGAGCUUGUUAAAAUGAGGUCGACAGUCCUGGCUACCAAACUAGGUUGGUCAUACAAAGACUGGCAUGGAACUCCUAUAUUAUUUUUAAUGAGCGAUUCCGAGAAGGAAGCGUAUGAGGAAGGAAAACUAAAAUGGGGCAGUCAUUCAAUUGAGACCAUCUUGGGAGUGGACAAGCUGGUCCAAACAAUGAAUGAGAAAGAACAGGAAGGAAAUGAAAAUAGUUCCAAGGAGCGAGCAGUCUCACGUAAGAGAGAGGCGUCAAAUAGUGAGAACCUCACUAGCAAGAUACCAAGAUGCGAUGAAAAUGUAGAGGAAGAAGCGGUAUAG